AUGCAGCCAUCUCUGCUGCUCGCUGCCCUUGCCGUCGGCAUCGGUGUCGACGCCAUCUACCCGCCGCGCGGCUCAACGGCACCCAAGACCAAUGGCACCAGGUUGUUGACUUUCAAUGAGACGGUGCCGACGAGUCUGUCUCCGUCUUCCGUCUCUCUCGCGUGGGUAGCCAGCGAUGUCGACGGCCAGUACAUCUACGCCGGAGACGACGGCGCUCUGAUUCUCGCUAAUGCCGUCACUGGCGAGAACGAGACGUUCGUGGCCGCUGACCAAGUGCCUGCCGACUACUGGGACUACUGGAUCAGCGCCGACCUGGAACGCGUCUUGUGGGCCACCAACUACACCAAGCAGUACCGUCAUUCCUACUUUGCCGACUACUUUGUCCUCGACAUUGCCUCCGGAAGCUUGGACCCCCUCGUUGCUGAUCAGGCCGGCGAUAUCCAGUACGCCGAGUGGGAUCCCAAUGGAGAGAAAAUUGCCUUUGUCCGCGGAAACGACCUGUACAUCUGGGCCGAUGGUGAGAUUACGCGCAUUACUUCUGACGGUAACCCGGAUACCUUUAACGCCGUCCCCGACUGGGUCAUGGAAGAGGAAAUUCUGGGUGACCGCUAUGCGCUUUGGUGGAGCCCCGACGGCGAGAAGAUUGCGUAUCUCAGCUUCAAUGAGACCGGCGUGCCAACAUUCCGUGUACAAUACUACCUCGACAACACUGAAUACGGCAAUUCUUAUCCGCGGGAGCUGGAACUCAGGUACCCCAAGGUCGAUGCCACCAAUCCAACAGUUAGCUUCAACCUGCUGGAUAUUGCUUCUUCUGAGAUCACUCCCAUUGCCAUUGACGCAUUCCCUGCGGAUGAUCUCAUUAUUGGCGAGGUCGCCUGGGUUACUGAUGAUCACUCCAACGUUCUGUUCCGCGCCUACAACAGAGUUCAGGACUCGGAGAAGGUGGUGAAUGUUGACGUUGCUUCCACUUCGACCUCCGUGGUGCGUGAGCGCUCCGAAAGCGAGGGCUGGCUCGACAACAACCUUGCCAUCACCUACGUCGGCGCCGCAGCCGGCAACGGCACCAACGGAACCUAUUAUCUCGAUCUCUCGGACGUCUCUGGCUGGACGCACAUCUACCUCUAUCCUGUGAACGGCGGAGCUGCUAUUCCACUGACCUCUGGCGAAUGGGAAGUCCGUUCAAUCCUCAAGGUCGACACCGCCCGAAGCCUGGUCUACUACACCUCCACAGAACACCACAGUACCGAGUCGCAUCUCUACUCGGUUUCCUACAAAACCUUCAAGAAGACGCCUCUCGUCGAUGACACCAUUCCUGCCUACUGGAGCGCCUCGUUCUCCAGCAGCGGUGGCUACUACUCUCUCUACUACCAAGGACCCGACGUCCCCUACCAGGAACUCUACUCCAUCAACAGCACGACGACGCCUCUGCGCACCCUGGUCGACAAUGCCGACUUCUACGCCAAGAUCAACGAGUACAAGCUUCCCGAAAUCAGCUGGUUCGAGCUCGAGCACCCGUCAGGCGAGAAGCUCAACGUGAUGCAGCGACUGCCCGCCAACUUUGACCCCUCCAAGAAGUACCCCGUGCUCUUCAACCCCUAUGGCGGACCCGGCGCGCAGCAGAUCCCGAAGACGUGGAAGGCGCUGUCAUGGAACGCCUACAUUUCGUCCGACCCCGAGCUGGAAUACGCACAGUGGGUGGUUGACAACCGUGGCACUGGUUACAAGGGCCGUGCUUUCCGCUCGCUGGUGGCGGGCCAGCUGGGCAAGCUGGAGGCCGAGGACCAAGUCUGGGCGGCGCAGCAGAUCCUCGACAAGUACGAGUGGGCCGACCCCGACCACGUCGCCAUCUGGGGCUGGUCGUUCGGCGGCUACCUCAGCAGCAAGGUCGUCGAGCUCGACUCGGGCGUGUUCACGCUGGGCCUGAUCACGGCGCCGGUCACCGACUGGCGCUUCUACGACUCCAUGUACACGGAGCGCUACAUGAAGACGUACACCGCCAACCCCGCCGGCUACAACGAGACGGCCGUGCGGAAGACGGAGGGCUUUAAGAACAUCGAGGGCGGUUUCUUGAUCACCCACGGCCUGGGCGACGAUAAUGUGCAUUUCCAGCACUCGGCUGUGCUGGCGGAUGUGCUGAUGGCGGGCGGUGUCGGCCCUGAUAAGUUCGAUAGCCAGUGGUUCACGGAUUCGGAUCAUAACAUCAGGUACAACGGGGAUAGUGCUUUCCUGUACAAGCUCCUGACGAAGCGGAUUUACGAGGAGAAGAACAGAGUCCCCGGAGAGGGUGAAGAGAAGCACCAGUGGAGUAGAAGGGAGAUUGUUGUUUAG